AUGUCAUCUGCAGCAGCCCCUCCCGUCCCAGCCGCCCCUAUUGCUCCUAUGGGAGCAGCCGGUCCAGCAGCCGGUCCAGCAGCCCCGGUUGUUCCAGCCGGUGGAGCCUUGCCUGCCGCCGUAGCACCGAUGGCGCCGGUGGCGCCGGUGGUUCCCGCCGGUGCUGGCCCUAUGCCUGCCGCCGUGGCUCCCGUUGCUCCCGCUGUUGCCCCUAUCGUGGCACCACUGCCCGGUAAUCUAGCUCAGUUACGUGCCAUUCCACCCCCAGUGGGGCAAUUCACCUGCCCAUUGUGCGGGUCCCACGCGGUGAACUGGACACGCCAUUUAACUAGGCACGUCAACGCGUGCGGAUGGCCCGGCUGUGGGCAAGCCGGCUUCAUGAAUAUGAGGCACGUGGCUCAGCACAUUGAUAAUGUGCAUGGUCAAGGAAAUAGGAUGUGCCCGUUCCAGGGAUGCACCAAGGGCCCCUUUACGAGACUUAGCGGCUACUACCAACACGUAGGCCUCCAUUGUCUCGGGCGCUGA